GUUGGGUUCGGUUACCACUGCUCUGUCUAAGAUGGAAAACAUGAAGAAAUCACUGGACGGGAUCCUUGAGCAGGGGCGUCAGAAAGUGAUGGAACCGUUACAGACCUGGAGCGAUAGUCUAAGUGAAGGACCAGUCCAAGAGAAAGUCUCUUGGAUGAUCCAAAAAGGCCUCCCUAUAAUUGGAAACUGGGAAUGGGGAACAACUGAAAACUUCCUCUACCAAUACCCAGGUGCUGAGGUGCCGUCAUGCAUCAGCGGAGAGGAGCAUCUGCAGCUGAUAGACGGGGGUUUGAUGAUGAACAUGCCUUUCCCCCCCUUCCUGGGUGAAAAAAGAGAUGCAGACCUCCUCAUCGCUCUUGAUUCGGGGUCUAGUCAAACCUUCGAGACGCUGAGUGAGGCCAGAGAUUACGCAAAGGCAAUGAAGAAGCCUUUCCCAGAGAUAGACGACAGGAUCUUUGAGGCGAAAGACUGGCCGGAGGACUGCUAUGUGUUCGAGGGAAAAGAGAAGGAACCCACCAUUAUUUACAUUCCGCUCUUCAACAGACACAACUGUAAAGAUGUGGAGGAAGUCCAAGCAAAGAUGAAGGAGUUCUCCACCUUCCAGCUUCCCUUAAACCAGGAGAGGAUUGAGUUUGUGUUGGAGACGGCGAAAGCUAACAUCAGGAACAACAAGGACACUCUGCUUAUGGAGAUUUACAAGGCCUCUCGUCGCAGACACAAGAAGAUGUAGGGCAGUCAGUGUCUUCAGUAGUCUGACCUCUACCUUAAUACCGUUUUUUCCACACAAACAUUGAGGCAUUGAUGGGAAAACAUGUUUCCAAUGAUUUGAUAUAUGAUCCAAUAUUUUAGUUUUAAUUAUUUAUUGCUUAAACACUGUGUUAAAUUGUUUGAUUUCACAUUCACAUGCUAUUUAUGGUAGAAAUGACUCUUUAUUGCGUAAUAAAACAAAAUAGACCACAAGUUCAACAUGUUGUUCCAAAGUCUUUAUUGAUGUGCUGAUUUCUUUGACAAAAUAUUUCUUAUUCAAAAUGACAACCCUUCAACUGGGCAGCUGCAAACCGCUUACACAGAUAAACAAGACAUCACUUCAGUACACGUGGCCGUGCAUGGACACGGUUGUCAUUCACCGCUCGAC